UGUUGUUGUUGUUAAUCACUUUUUGUAAAUCAAGUUGAUCAAAUUCCAUUUUUACAAACGAAAGUAACGGUUUAUAAAAAAAAAAAUGCAACGAAAACAAUUUAUAAAUUUGUUUAUAAUUUUAAUAUUCAUUAUCAAUAUUAUCGAUGGAAUUGAAUUUAAUAAUUGUCCUACAUUCGAUAAACAAGGUAAUACGGUAAUUGAAUUUAUUAACAAUACCGAAUGCGAUACAAAAUAUUGUUAUUGGCCAUUUGAAAAUUCAUUAUUAUUUUAUUAUAAUAUUACUAUAAAACCGGAUAGAGAUAUUUAUUCAAAACAAAUUGAUAAAAUAUUUAUUAUGUCUGAUUCAAUGAAUUCAUCAUAUACAUAUACAAAUUGGUUUUGUUCGGUUGAUAAUAAAUAUAAUGAAAAUUUUUGUCCAAUGAAACAAUCAUCAAGCUAUAAUGUACAUGAUGGUAUUUAUAUUUUAACUGAUAAUUUUAAGCCAAAUACAUAUCUAGAUGUAAUACAAACAUAUAGUUAUCAGGAUAAUGGUGCACCAACUAAUCUUGCUUGUAUACAAUAUAAAGCAUAUCUAUAUGAUGAAAACGAAUGUCAAAAAAAUUCCAUUCAAACAUUAUUGAAUAAUGUAAAUCAAACAUAUAAAAAAUUACGUUCAUUAAUAUUGGAAAUGUCAAAUUUAUUUACAGAAUUUAUUGAAAUGAAAAUUAAUUAUAUUGAAUUGUUUGAAAAUCAAUUGAAAACAUUGAUGAAAAAUAAACAUUAUCCAUUUUUUUGUCCAGAUUUUAUUCAUUAUCAAAAUGAUUAUCAACAAUUUCAAAAUAAAUUAAAAUUAGAAAAUAUUACAAAAAUAUCACAAGAUAUUGUUCAUGAAGAAAAUCUUAAACCAUUAAUUGAUUAUUUGGAUGAAAUUAUUGAUUAUCAAUCAAAACAAAUUAAACAAUUGGAAACUGAUAAAAAAUAUUUAGCUAUUAAUAUAAUACAGAAACAGAUUUUUUUAUUAAAUACACAAAUAUUUACAUUAAAAUCAUUUGAUCUAUUGAAUGGUGAAUUAAAAAGAGCACAACAAUUAAUUACAUCAACAUUUUUAUUAAUUGAAGAAUUACAAAUGUUUAUUUGAUUAAUAAAAAAUAUUUUUAAAUUUUGAAUUUUCAUUUUUUUUUUU